GUUUCAUCUACUGAAACCAGAGAUAACAUCUAAUACAGGAUUUCCUUGUCUAUAUAUUAAAGCCUGAAAGGGUCUUGCAUGGUAGUAACAGAAAGCUCACAAGAAGAGCUAUGGGUUUAUUGGCAGGAGUAGCAGCAGAGAAGCAGGCUCAUGUAGUUUGCAUACCUGUCCCAGUGCAAAGCCACAUCAAGGCAAUGCUGAAAAUGGCAAAGCUCCUUCACAGCAAAGGCGUUUUCAUUACAUUUGUCAAUACAGAGUUCAAUCACAGACGCAUCCUUAAAUCAGGAGGCCUUCAAUUUCUUCAAGGCCUAACUGGUUUUGAAUUUGAAACCAUCCCGGAUGGCCUCCCUCCAUCUGAUCCUGACGCUACCCAAGACAUAUUAGCACUUUGUCAGUCAGUUGCUGAAUAUAUGUCGCAACCCUUUCAGAACCUUCUAACGAAACUCAAUACCGGAAAAAAUCAGGUGACUUCUAUUCUCUCUGACGGUUUCAUGACAUUCUCAGCUGAUGCUGCUCAGAACCUUGGAGUUCCUAUUGUUUCGCUUUGGACAGUUGCUGCUUGCGGAUUUAUGGGAUUUUAUCAGUUCAAAAAUGUCCUUGAAAGGGGUCUUGUACCACUUAAAGAUGAGAGCUAUCUAACAAAUGGAUAUUUAGACACCAUGAUAGACUGGAUCCCAGGAAUGCCAGACAUGCGUUUGGCGGAUCUCCCCAGCCAUUUAAGAAUAACAGAUCCAAGUGAUUUCCAAUUCAACUUUUUCUCGGACUGUACUCAGAGAGCAGCUAAUUGCACAGCACUUGUAAUCCAUACCUUUGAUGAUUUGGAACAAGAACUUGUGAACGUCAUCUCAUCUAUGUUAGGCAAAAAUGUAUACACAAUAGGUCCUCAACAGAUGCUUCUCAAACAAAGUACAUUGGAUCAGAAAAAACCUCUCACGAGCAUUGGUAGUCUCUGGGAAGAGGAAAAAACAUGUCUAGAGUGGCUGGACUCUAAAGAAGCUGAUUCUGUAGUUUACGUGAACUUUGGAAGCAUAACGGUCUUGUCUCCAGAGCAGCUUCUGGAGUUCGGUUGGGGGCUUGCUAAUAGCAAAUUCUCCUUCUUGUGGAUAAUUAGACCAGAUUUGAUCAUUAAUGGUGAAUCCGCAAAUACACUGGGACUUGAAUUUAUGGAUGCCAUCAAGGACCGAGGCUUCAUUUCAAGUUGGUGUCCACAAGAGGAUGUUCUGAACCACGUAGCAGUGGGAGGGUUCUUGACACAUGGAGGAUGGAAUUCAAUCUUGGAGAGCCUAUCCGCGGGAGUGCCAAUGCUCUGUUGGCCUUUCUUUGGGGAUCAAACAAUAAACUGCAAGUUCUUGCGUGACAAAUGGGAGUGUGGAUUGGAGAUUCCUAAUAACGUCAAGAGAGGCGAUGUGGAGGAGCUUGUUAGACUACUGAUGGAAGGAGUUGAGGGUAAGAAAAUGAGAAACAAGGCCAUGGAGUGGAAGAAAUUGGCAGAGAAGGCCUGUGGACCUAAUGGCUCUUCUUCUCUUAAUUUGGACAAGCUGGUGGUCGUGUUGAAGAACUAGAACGUCCAUAAUAUUAUGAAUAAAUUCAUUCUUGAAUCUUCGGUUUGCAUCUUCCAGCUUUCAUGCUUAUGAAUCAAUAAGGUUAUGAUAAUUCAAAUAAAUGAAACGCUUUUUUACUUUA